AUGGUGAUGGCUACUCCUCCUUUAUGUGCAAACGGCUGCGGUUUCUAUGGUUCUGUAGAGACAGAAUUUAUGCUCCCACUGCAAAACUCAAGACCAGGUGUGAAAGCUGCAACGCUUGGUUUGAUGGGUUUUACAUGUCGGUGCGGGAAAGUUUUCUGUCAGCUUCAUCGUUACCCCUCGGAACAUUCCUGCAACUAUGAUUUCAAGAAGGCUGAUCGUCAGGUGUUAGAUAAAGAAAAUCCGGUUAUUAAGGGUGACAAACUGAAAUCCAGGAUGUAA